AACAAUAUCAUGUAUUCAAACAAUAAAAUUUACCAAACCUUCCUCCAAUACCUCCAUCAAGUAUCACCGGAACCCGACCCGGAAGUUUCCUCCGUUGUCCACAGCCCUAACUUCAACUCCACCACCUACACCACCAUCCUCCGGUCUAACAUCCGAAACCGCCGCUUCAACACCGCAUCUACACCUAAACCAACACUCAUUAUCACCCCAACCAAAGAAUCCCACGUCCAAGCCGCGGUCCUGUGCGCGAAAAACCUCGGCAUUCAGCUCUUGACGCGCAGCGGCGGACAUGACUACAACGGAAGAUCAUACGUUUCCCAUGAGAAAAGAUUCAUCUUACUCGACAUGUUUAAUUUACAUAACGUGUCUGUAGAUAUCGCCACAGAAACCGCGGUUGUCCAAACCGGAGCUCAGCUCGGCGAGCUUUAUUACCGGAUAUGGGAAAAGAGCAAGGUGCAUGGCUUCCCAGCUGGAGUGUGUCCAACAGUUGGUGUUGGUGGACAUGUAAGUGGUGGUGGUUAUGGCACCAUGAUUCGAAAAUACGGGUUGUCAGUUGAUCAUGUGGUGGAUGCGCGUAUAGUCGAUGCUAACGGUCGUGUUCUGGACCGUGAGUCAAUGGGUGAGGAUCUUUUUUGGGCCGUUCGCGGCGGUGGAGGAGCUAGUUUCGGUGUAGUUUUAUCCUACACUGUUAAACUAGUUCCAGUACCCAAGAUUCAUACAGUAUUCUUGGUAAGUAGAACCAUAGCCGAAAAUGCCAUUGAUCUUGUUUAUAAAUGGCAGACGGCUGCACCAACCAUAGAUAGAGAUUUAUUUAUCAGAGUAAUGUUAAUGCCGAAGGUGUUGAACAACAAGAAAACCGUCCAGGCUUCGUUUAUAGCACAUUUCUUGGGCGAUUCUGAAAGAUUAUUAAAACUAAUGAACGAAAGCUUCCCGGAAUUACAAGUUAAAAAAGAAGAUUGUUUGGAAGUAAAUUGGGUUGAAUCUGUAUUCUUCUGGGCAAAUCUUGAUUACAAGUCUCCAGCGGCGGUCCUUCUGGACCGCCACUCGGACACUGUAAACUUUUUAAUACGAAAGUCUGAUUAUGUGCAAACGCCUAUAUCUAGACUCGGGUGGGAGUCUAUAUUCAACAAGUUGUACGAGUUAGGUAAAUGUGGUUUUUACUUAAACCCUUAUGGUGGAAUAAUGGAGGAAAUUCCAGCGGAUGCAACUCCGUGUCCUCAUCGUGCUGGAAACUUGUUUAAGAUCCAGUACUCGAUGAACUGGACCGAAGAUGAUCCGGAACUGGAUGGAAAGUAUUUGAAUGAGACUCGAGUUUUGUUUGAGUUCAUGACUAAGUUUGUGUCCAAGAAUCCAAGAGGUGCGUUUUUGAAUUAUAGAGAUUUGGAUAUUGGAGUGAUGGUGGGAACCGGUGAGAGUGGUUACCACUCUGGUAGGGUGUAUGGUGAGAAGUAUUUUAAGGAGAAUUUUGAUAGAUUGGUGAAGGUGAAGACAGCGGUUGAUCCAGACAAUUUUUUUAGAACUGAACAGAGUAUCCCACCACUUCCUAGAGUGAAAACGCCAGAACAAUUUCUGUUUAGUAGAAUUUAGUUUAUAUCAUUAUCAUUGUGCAUUUAUUUUAUAUGAAGUUUUGAAUAAAAUUAAGGUGAUUGUUUUUUAUUGUAAUAAAAUUUGAAUAUACUACAAUUUUAGGAAA